UUCACCAAAACACACACACGCUGAUGAGAGAGAGAGAGACUCGCUUUCGUGGUCACAUCUGAGUGUCUGCUAAACACUCGUCUAGGUUAAGUGACAGACAGCCUUGCUGAUGUGAGUUUAGUGUCAGAGGUGAGAAAGCAGAGAUAGAUAGAUAGAGAGAGAGAGAGCGAGGGUCAAUCGCAAACAAACAAACAAACAUUACUCCCGCGACUGACUUUACGAUGACCGCUAAAACUUUGGAGAAAAGUCCUGUCACUUUCGGUAGCUUCGUGCACCCUCUGUCCGAGGGCAUCUACUCACUGGACGACAGCACACUGCCAGCAUCGGUGGCAAUUUUCCCAAACACGGAUCUAAGUGGACAUUACGACCAGAUAAACGGGAUUUCAGCAGAUGGCUUGGUUGGCGGGGAUAUGAGCGCGGAGAAGCGCGCUGUCGACCUGCCCUACUCCAGCAGCUUCGCGCAGCCGGGUUGUCCUCGCAGUCAGACCUUUACCUACAUGGGCAAGUUCUCCAUCGACUCCCAGUACCCGGGCAGCUGGAACCCAGAGGGCGUGAUCAACAUCGUGAGCGCGGGCAUCCUGGGCAUGACCCAGGCCUCUUCGGCGUCCUCAUCACCGUCCUCCUCCUCUUCGGUGUCUCCGGCUCACUUCUCCAGCACACUCAGCUGCACGGUGGCUCAGGGCCAGACGGACAUGGAGCAUCAGCACAUCUACUCCCCUCCUCCGCCCUAUACGGGCUGCGCGGAGGUCUACCAGGACCCGUCUGCAUUCCUCUCCACCUCCACGUGCCCCAUCUCCUCGUACCCACCGCCUGCCUAUUCCUCCCCUAAACCGAGCGCUGAUACCGGCCUCUUCCCCAUCCUCCCGGACUACACUGGCUUUUUCCAGCCCCCGUGCCAGCGGGAUGUGCAGUCCAUGCCCGAACGCAAACCUUUCGCGUGCCCUCUCGAGCCUUUCCGGAUGCCGCCGCCUCUUACGCCACUCAACACAAUUAAGAACUUCACGUUGGCUGCACCGGUGGCCGAAGGUGCGCGCUUACCCGCCGCUUAUAGCCCGCAGAACCUGCCCCUGAGGCCCAUCCUGCGCCCGCGGAAGUACCCGAACAGGCCAAGCAAAACGCCCGUGCACGAGCGUCCGUAUCCAUGCCCGGCCGAGGGCUGCGACCGACGCUUCUCGCGCUCCGACGAGCUCACCCGGCACAUCCGCAUCCACACGGGCCACAAGCCUUUCCAGUGCCGCAUCUGCAUGCGAAACUUCAGCCGCAGCGACCACCUGACCACACACAUCCGCACACACACCGGGGAGAAGCCGUUCGCCUGCGACUACUGCGGCCGCAAAUUUGCGCGCAGCGACGAAAGGAAGAGGCACACCAAGAUCCACCUAAGGCAGAAGGACAGAAAAGCCACAGUCUCCUCAUCCUCAGCAUCCUCCUCGGUUCCCGCCGGUGCCUCAAACUCCACGUCUGGAAUCAGCCAAUGAGGAUCCGCGGCGCGCAGCGGACACUAGGAAACGGUCGCGAUGGUAACCGAGAACGCGCAGCCAGAUCCUCAGCUCUGUACGAACCCAUACAGUUCAUACAGUGUUUGCUUUGCAGGUGGACAGGUGUAAACAUUUUAGGUGUUCAGGUCAAAGCAAGACACGGCGGGAAAUGACCUGAAAUCACUUCGGAUGAGGGACACUAACAGUGCGCGUCCUCGAAUGGCACGGUUUCGUUGUGUGACUUUCUCAGUCCCAUGUUGACUGACCAAACGCACUUUGUUUGUAUAUUUAGGUUAAAUAAUUUAAUGGAAUAACCUUAUACAGCAUGUGGGAGUGUACGUAUUCUACUGACAAUGUGAAAUGUCCAUGUUGGCCACAUGAGAGAGAGUGGGCUUUAAUGUCAAAGCCGCUUUCUCUGCAAUAAGCCAGAACUUUUUAUUCUAAUGUGUGAGAUGAAUCUAACUCUCUUUCCCUCUGUUUAUUGUGCCUUCGUAUGUUCUUUUAUUGUACAUAACUGCAUACGUGCGGAGGCAUUUAAACAGUGUACAGUGGAUUCUUUAAUAUUUUUUUUCUUUUGAAAAAAUCUCUAUUUUUGUACAAUUUGUUUGGUGUCCAGUUGUUUCAUGGUGGCUAAAAAAAGUACAUGUAAAUAAUAAUAGAUCUCAUUGUUUUUGUGAAUGUCAAAUAUAAUUGGAAUGAAAUAACUAACGCAGGUUAGUAACUUUUUUGUCAUCAUUAAAAAAACAAUAAUCAAUAAAACACAAAGU